AUGCUUGCAUUAGGUGUCACAGAGAAGGACACGGGCAAACAUGAAAAUUUGAAGUUCAAGAAUUCAAUCAUGCUUAAGCUAGAUUCACUGUUAGGUGGAUUUUUGUUAGAAGCAUCAUCCGAGGAAGAUUUCACUGGAAUGACAGGACAAUCUAUAGAACUAAGGCUUCGUGGACUUGGCUCGAAAAGGAUAGGUCUAAUUAGGCUUGGAUCUAUUACAUCAGCAAUUGCAUCUUAUCGCAAUCUUGGAGAAACUCUUGGUGGAUCAGCUAAGACUACUAAGUCGAAUAAAAUUGCAAUCAUACUUUCUUCUUUUGAUUGGCUUUCUGAAGAAUCAAAACUAGCCACUGUUAUAGCAAUAGCUACUGGUACUAUUUUCUUUGUUUCUUUCCUUUUAUUUGACCAUCGCGUGAAGAAUAUGAGGAUUGCUUCUGAGCACAGUGAUGUUUUUACUGCAACAAUUUUGGAUGUGGAGCAGUGCAAACAAUUGAAAAUGGGUUCUUAUCUUGAUGUUGCUGGUGCAUCUGCUAAUCCUCCACAUUUCAUCCAUUUAUAUUACAAGCCUCCUGGUGGAGCAGUCGAAACCAAACCGGCCUUAGUUGGAAACGGGUUGAUUUUUGACAGGUUCAUUUCAUUGUUGCAGCUUGUGAGAAUAUAUGAUAAGUGGAACAUGUAUGAGGCCUGGGGAUAUUGUCACGGCAUCAAAUGGCAAGAAAAUUGA